UCUCCUCUAUUGAACUGAAGGAUUUCUGAUUUCCAUCGUCAUCCUCUCAAACUCUCCCAAAAAUCAUCAAGAGCGAUGAUCAAAUCGAAAUUCCCAGCAAAACCCAUUUCAAAUUUCAUAUUUUUGGCCACAUCCACCAAUGAAAAUUCAGCCAAAACCCCAAAAUUCCUUGUCCAAAUCUCCCAUUUCUCAACAUAUUCGCCAAAUAUUAGUUCCAACACGCCGUCCUACCAGUCCCGGCGGCAAGGAGACGAGAGCCGUAACGUGAGGGUAUCAGUGUGGUGGGAUUUUGAGAACUGUAACGUCCCCGCCGGGACUAAUGUUUUUAAAGUUGCUCCGGCCAUCACUGCUGCCAUCAGGGCUAAUGGGAUCAAGGGUCCUAUUCAGAUCACAGCUUUUGGGGACGUAAUGCAGCUUUCGAGGGUUAAUCAGGAGGCCUUUUCGUCUACUGGGAUGAAUCUUACUCAUAUUCCUCGUGGUGGGAAGAACAGUGCAGAUAGGUCUCUUCUUGUUGACCUCAUGUACUGGGUUUCCCAAAACCCUCCACCAGCACAUCUUUUUCUAAUAUCUGGUGAUAGAGAUUUUGCUGGCAUUUUGCACCGUCUAAGAAUGAACAAUUACAACAUAUUACUUGCUAGUAGUCAUGGUGCUCCUAGCGUACUCUGCAGUGCUGCAAGCAUCAUGUGGCAUUGGAAUUCUUUGCUUAAAGGAGAAGACGUUUCUGGAAAGCAUUUUAAUCAGCCUCCAGAUGGUCCAUAUGGUUCUUGGUACGGCCACUAUAAGGCACCUCUUGAAGACCCCUUUGCAGUUACAGAGCAUACAGCUUUCCCCCAGCCUCCAGCUUCAGAGCAAUCAGCUUGUCCCCCAGCUGAGGUCUUACCUGAUUCCAAUUCCGAAAAUAGAACUCAACCAAUACCAAAGGCAGUUAUAAAGCAAAUACGAAGCAUUUUACAUCAAAAUCCAAAAGGAAUUUCCAUUACAGAACUUCGUGCUGAAUUGUCAAAAAGUAGUAUAACUGUAGACAAAGACUUUUAUGGGUACAGGAAGUUCUCCCGUUUUCUUUUGGCGCUGCCACAUAUUUUGAGGCUUCAACCAAGAAAUGACGGCCAGUUUUUUGUAUUUGGUAUUGCACCUAAAGUUUCUGAGCAAGCAGACCUCAGUCCGAGUCCAAGCAUAACCACAAGGCCUAUACAUAAAGGAGAAGUCGAUUCCGUUGCUGCUGGCAAACUAAGUGCUGGAAAAGGACCUUGUAAUGACCAGUUGGUUGGGAAGCAAUCAAUACCUGCAUCUUCUGAAGCUCCGAUGAAAAAUGGUGGACAACAGCAAGAACCGUUGACUGAAUUUCAGAAGCCAAUAAGAACCCUUCCUGUGCCUCCAUUGAAUGAGCCAGAAUUGAAGAGUGCCUCAGUAACACUGGAAGAUGCAACAACUGAAGUUCAGGAGCAGCCGAGAGAAGUACAAGAAUCAUCAGCACUUGUUCAGGCUGCGGAUAAUACUAAAUCAACUGAGAGUCAGUUGCACCUAGUAGUACAUAGGCCCGAAUCUGAACUGAAGAACAAACUGGGGUUCUUCAGAAGGAUAUGCAGGAUAUGGUAUGGGCCCAGUUAUGACGGUCCAGAUGAAAAGCUUUCAAGUACUAGUGACGGGAUUUUGGAUGAGAAGAAGAAAGCCAAGGGAGAGCAUGUGCAAUCAAGAGUUGAGUCUGUUGAAUCUGUCUGUCCAGAUUCGUUGGCAACUACCAGAAUUGAAACGAUUCCUGAUGACAAUAUCUCUAGUAGGUCUCCCCCCACUAAUGACAGAUCCAGGAAAAGCUCUGGCUUUUUCGGCCAACUUCUGAGCAUGCUUAGAAUCUGGGAGAAUUCAGAGCAGCCUGAUGAUUCAGGUGGAGAAUCAAGUGAAAAGAUGAACGAUACCAAGCUUGCUUGUAAUAAGAAUGGAAUAUUUGUGAAGGAAAGUUUUUGGGAUGACUUGAAAACAUUUUUAGGCACUGUCAAUGCUUCAGCUAUCGUCCUGCAGUCAAAGACCAGGGUGCAGAUGGGGCAAAACCUGCAAAGAGAAGGACCUUCACUUCUUAAAUCCCUUAAUGAAUCUGAUCUUCUUCACCUUGUGGACCUAUUGAUUUCAGAUAAGAAGUGGAUAGAAGAAUCUCCCUGCCAAAAUUAUCCUUUCAAACUCAUCAACUCUGAUGAGAAAGAUUUAUCAAGUCAAUCUACUAAUGUUUCUCGUCAGUCCAAUGGGUUGAGUUCUAUCUUUUCAGACACACAGCCAUCUUCCUUGUCACAGAGACCGCGAGAAAUUGAUAGACAGAAAAGACACCAAAAUCCUCCACACACUGGAGUGUCUCAGCCUGACAUUGAGGGAAUGCUUUCUGGAAAGUCCAGGACUGAGAUACUUGCAGACUGUGAGAAGCUUCUUGAUGAAAUUGUAAAGAAAUACCCAGAGGGAUUUAACAUUGGAUCCUUUAGGAAAGUGUUUUUUGAGAGAUACAGCUAUCCUCUGGAUGUACAGAAGCUAGGUUACAAAAAAUUAGCAACUCUUCUCCAAAUAAUGCCUGGGGUGAGGAUAGAGUCCACUUAUAUUCUUCCCACUACUGAAGUCCUGAAGAGUCUUAGCCCAGACAACAUGGAUCCAUUUGUUCAGAGAAGCAAUUUUGGCAGUAGAGAAGGUCAUUCUGAGACCGAAUUAUCUGAUUCGUCAGGGAAGGAGGAUGAUACUGAUUCUUCAUGGGAUGAACUUGGUCCAGUUGCUAACUUGGGCUCCAAGAGGAAUGAAAGUGGGCCAGCAUUGAGUAGGAAAGUAAAAGAUGAAACUGUUGAAAAGAUUCGUCAUGAUUAUGAAAGCUUGUCUGAUGAUGACUUCUCUGAUUCUGAAGAAGAGCCUUUGUCGUCCACGAAAUCAGAAAGCCAAAAGAAGCAAAGAGUCAACGAGGAAGAUAGUUCGUUACUGCAGAUUCUGGAUUCAUGGUACAGUAGUAAGGAGGAAAACACUAAGAGGGGUAUAUUAGAGUAUCCUGAGGCUGGGGCUGAUUCUUCCGGAAAUAGUUCUUGGGUUUCAACUAAAGCUGCAUCCACUGCCAAGAAUGAACCUUCUGUGGUGAAAAAUGCUAAGAAGCAGAGAUCACUGAAGGCUUACUCGUUCGUUCAAGACCAAGCCGUGGAAAAUAAAGACAAGUUGGUUGAUGGUAUUUUAGGGAGCUUGAAGAAGUCAGGUGAGAAGUCCGCAGAGACAAGGAUAUAGAGAGAGAUUAAAGGUUCUUGAGGUAAUAGCUUAGGAAAAUAUUUUGUGGGGAAAUCUGAGUCCUGGUUUCUCUGGCUAACAUCAUGUUGAUGGCUUCUAGUUCUGCUCAGAGUAGCAAUGAAGUAAUUAGGUCACGAGAGAAACUAAUAUCAUCAUUAUUUUCAGCCUUCAAUUCAUGGAGGAUAUUUAUGAUUUACUUCUA